AUGUUGUCUCACUCAUCCUACCUGCUCACAGCAGUAGCUGCUUUGCUAGUGACUUGCCACGCACUGUGUAAAUGUCCAGGAAUUCCUGAGCUACCCAGUGUCCCUGGCCUGCCUGGAAGACAUGGUCUGAAAGGACAGCCACGUCUACCACGUCUCACGGAACCCUCUGGAAGCUUGAUGUGGCCUCGUGGAGGAGAUGGUCUUCCUUGGCCGCAAGAUCUACCUGAUUCUCUGGACGCUGAACUCCACAAUGUUUUAGUAAAUUUGAAGCACCGACUUUCCAGACUUGAAGGCGUGCUUGCUUUGAAUGGGAAAAUAAGAGAAGUAGGAGAUAAAAUACUUGCCAGCAAUGGGAAGGAAGCUGAUUUUGCAUCUGCACUAGAAUCCUGUGAAGGGGCUGGAGGAACUCUUGCUACUCCCAUGAAUGAGGAGGAGAAUAACGCUAUUUUGGGUAUUGUGAAACAGUAUAACCGAUACGCUUACUUGGGCAUUAAAGAAGGCGAGACUUCAGGUCAAUUUAAGUAUAUAAAUGGCGCACCUCUGAAUUAUACCAAGUGGCACCAAUAUGAGCCUAAUGGCAAAGGGACAGAAAAAUGUGUCGAGAUGUACACUGAUGGGAGCUGGAAUGACAAAAAAUGCAGCCUGUAUCGCCUCACAAUCUGUGAAUUUUAA